AUGAACAGAACCUUCAGCGCCAGGGCAGGGCCCGCGGGCCGAUCCUACAGCGCUGCCUCGGCCAUCGUGCCCAGCAGCAGCAGCAGCAGCAGCAGCAGGGCUGGGUUCGGCUCCGCGUCCCUGGCUCGAGCAGGAGGAGGAGGAGGAGGAGGAGGAGGAGGAGGGUUUGGCAGCGGAGGGGCCGGUGCCGGGCUGGGGCUCGGGCUCGGCGGAGCAGGAGGAGGAUUCGGCUUCUCUGGUUUGGGUUUUGGGGGCGGGCACGCCGGAGGAGGACCAGGAGGAGGAGGAGGAGGGGGAUUCGGUUUUGGGGGGCUCGGCGGGUUCCCCGCGGGGCUGGGGCCGGGCAGGAGCCCGGCGGGGUUCGCCGGAGGCCCCUCCGGGGUGGGCACCAUCCAGGAGGUGACGGUGAACCAGAGCCUGCUGGCCCCCCUCAACCUGGAGAUCGACCCCAGCAUCCACCAGGUGCGCAAGGACGAGAAGGAGCAGAUCAAGACGCUCAACAACAAGUUCGCCUCCUUCAUCGACAAGGUGCGGUUCCUGGAGCAGCAGAACAAGGUGCUGGAGACCAAGUGGGCCCUCCUGCAGGAGCAGGGCCAGAAGGGCAGCUCGGGCAAGACCAGCCUCGACCCCCUGUUCGAGGCCUACCUGGGCAACCUGAGGAGGCAGCUGGGCAACCUGCUGGGCGAGCGGGGCCGGCUGGACGGCGAGCUGAGGAACGUGCAGGACCUGGUGGAGGAUUUCAAGAACAAGUAUGAGGAGGAGAUCAACCGGCGCACGGCGGCCGAGAACGAGUUCGUGGUGCUCAAGAAG